AUGGCGGACAGUCGACGAACAGCUGCAAGAAAAUUAGCAGACGAUUUCUGGGAAUGGAGAAUCAAAGAAAGUCCCGAAUUUGCCACUAUGGCGGGUUUUCAUGACUACGAUGACCAACUGGACGACCAUAGCUUGGACUCAUUUGAAAGGCGCCAGACUGAUUGUCGGAGCUUCUUAUCUAGAAUAAACGAUGUAAUGAAUGGUACACAGAAUGCAGAAGAUGAAAUGAACAUGUUGAUAUUGAAAUCAGACAUUAAAAUGUACCUGGAAGGUAUGAGAUACAAAGGUUAUUUGUAUCCAGUCAACUUUUUAGAAGGUCCUCAUCUUGAUUUUGAGAAGACUGUAUCCUACAUGAAGUUCAAUACUCUCGCAGACUAUGAAAAAUUGACAUCACGACUGGAAAAAUUUCCCACACAGAUGGAUCAAAUUAUUUCUCUAUUGAAACAAGGAAUUAAAGAAAAAAGAACAAAUAACCAGUACUCCAUGAAUGGUGUGAUUAGUCAACUUGAUGAUAUACUGAAAGUCGAUGCCAAGGAUAGUGGAUUCUAUGAGCCAUUCAGUAAAUUAAGUGAUGUAGCUACAAUAGAUGAACAAAGGAAACAGCAGUUGGAAUCCCAUGGUCUGAGUUUGAUCAAAGAAAAUGUGAUGAAUUCAUUUGUGAAGCUGAGAACAUUCCUCUCUCAGGAAUAUAUGAAACAUUUGAGACCAGAAAUUGGAUGUUCAACUUUGCCUGAUGGUAAAGAACAUUAUGCACAAGUUCUAAAAUUUCAUAUUACAUGUGAUUUAACUCCACAACGUGUACAUGAUAUUGGAAUAGAGGAGGUCACCCGAAUCAGGCAGAAUAUGGACAAGGUUAUAAAGAAAGUUGGAUUUGAAGGGAAUUUCAAUGAUUUCCUAGAAUUUUUGAAAUCAGAUGAGCAGUUUUACUACAAAAAUAAGGACGAAUUGAUGGCUGGAUAUAGUGACAUAGUCAACAAUAAAAUAAGACCUUUAUUACCAAGACUCUUCCAGAACAUACCACAUUUAGCACUAGAACUAAAAGCCACUCCUGAGAAAGAGAAGAACUCCCCAGCUGCCUAUUAUUAUGCACCAUCUGAAGAUGGCAGUAGACCAGGAACAUUCUAUGUCAAUUGUAACAAUGUCACUAAUCAACCAAAGUAUGAAAUGAUCGCAUUGAGUUUACAUGAAGGCGAACCAGGACAUCAUUUACAAGGUGCUUACAGUCUUGAGAUGAGGGAUAUGCCAGGUUUUAGACGGUUCUUAGAAGAUCGUCAUUACUAUGAACCACCCUCACGAUUUGGUAUGAACACUGCAUUCAUUGAGGGCUGGGGGUUGUACAGUGAAUAUCUUGGUGAAGAAUUGGGACUUUAUGAAGACGAUCCUUAUUCACUGUUUGGUCGCUAUUCGAUGGAGAUCCUGCGUGCAUGUCGUCUGGUAGUGGACACUGGAAUGCAUUACAUGGGGUGGAGUCGAGACAAGGCUGUGGAUUACAUGGAUGAAAAUACAGCAAUGGCGAAACAUAAUGUUAGAACGGAAAUUGAUAGAUACAUUACAUGGCCUGGGCAGGCUUGUGCCUAUAAAAUUGGUGAACUGAAAAUCAAAGAAUUGAGAGAAAAAGCUCAAAAAGAACUUGGUGAGAGAUUUGAUGUGCGAGAUUUUCAUGAGGCAUUUCUCAGUUGUGGAUUUGUAUCAAUAAGUGUACUGGAACAGGUCAUUGAUGACUAUAUCAAGAAAACUAAAGAAUAA